AUGCCAAGAUUACAAGUGAAAAGAGGAAGUGAUCCAGGAGUUAGUACUGCUGUGUCAUCUAUUAUGCAGCACCAAAACUUUAAACGUAUGUUGAUGUUUGGGUUAAGAUCUUUAUCUGAUUUUUGUAAUCCAACAUCAAAAAUAUACAAAGAAAAUGCAUAUGAUGCUUUGGAUAGAGGUGCUGUAGGAUCUAUAAAAAAUGCAGUAGUUAAUUAUAAAGAUGAUGAUGAUAUUCUUUUUUGCUCAAGUAAAAUAUUGUGUGCUAUGUCUGAUUAUUGUUGUUCCGAAAAAGAUCAAGAAGCUUUACAAAAAUUAAUAACAGAUGGUGGUGUAGAUGCCAUAGUAGAAAUAAUUAAAAGUUCCCCCUCAGAUCAAGAAACAGUAAAAAAUUGCAUGUCAUUUAUUCAAAAUAUGAAUGAAUCAAAUGUUCACAUUGAAGGAGGAGAUUUAGGUAUUGGUUUAUUAAAUGUUUUUACGUCCAACUCAUAUAAUACUAAAUUGGGUAAGGAAAUAGCAAAUGCUUUAUCUGUUGCAGCUAAAUCCUCUUCUGGAGCAAAGGCCUUAAACGAUGAGGGUGCACAUCACAAGCUAAUUGAUCAGUGUUUAUCGUUUCAAACUUUAAAUGAUGAUGUUGCAUCGAUGGUUGAAGGAGCUUUUAAUACAAUUAAAAAUAUGGCCUCAAAUGGAUACAUAGACGCAACUAUAAUUGAAAAAUCUGUACUAAUUUUGGAUAAAUUUAAGUCAUACCCUAGAGUUGUUUCAAAAGGAAGUGAUGCUAUGAAAUGUGCCGUAGGUCCAGAACAAUUAACAGAUUGCUUAAAUGUACUAAAAAAAUCUGAGCAAGGGUCAAAGGAGCAAGAUUCUGCAUUAGAAUUAUUGAGUUCCCUUUCAUAUAUUUCAUCAAUAACAGAUAAGGUCGUACAAUCUGGAGGAAUACCUGUACUUAUAGAAUUAAUUAAUAGUGGUUUACAACAAUAUGAAAGUAAUCCUGAAAAAAUUUCUCGCUUAGUGGCAGGAGCAUCUAGAAUGCUAGGAAGAAUAUCAGCUAAUCCUCCUCAUGCUGCAAUAGUAGAUGAAUAUGGUGGUAUUGCUACACUUUGUACUGCUUUGUCAUAUUUUCCUAAUGAUCCUGAAUGUGCAAGUGCUAUAUGUAAUGCUUUAACUCCAUUUGUUUCUCGUUCUAAUUAUGUUUCCGAAAUAAAUAAUUAUACAUUAUUUGCCUCUCUUCUUCCUAUAUUAUAUGGAUCAUUGGAGUCAAUUGAAUUAGCAAAAGCUAGCAUGGAAUGUAUAGCUUCUGCAUCAAUGAUUAACGAAUUUCAUGAACAUAUGGUCAAUAAUCAAGCAAUAGAAAUUUUAUCAACAUGUAUUCAAUAUCAUUUAACAGAAACUGAUUAUCUUUUAAAUUGUCUUACUGCAUAUUUUAGGUUAUCGGACUAUAUAACAUCAAUUGAGUCAAUAAAUCAAUAUGGAGGUGUAACAGGAAUUGCCGACGCCUUGUCAGCAGUAAGUAAUGAUAAAAAAAUAGCAGAAAUUGGGUUAAAAUUAAUAAAUAAGAUGUUGACUGCUUCUGAUGCUUUAAAUUAUAUGAGUAAUCAGUAUGUAGUUGAUGCUGUAUUAACUAUUAUGCUGGAAAAUGAAAAUGAAGAAGUUAUAAUUCAAGAAGGAACAAAAAUUAUGGAAAAACUAGCUACUGAAAGUGAUUGCCAAAGACAUAUAUCUAAUUUGGAAUCAGUUAUUAAUUCAGCUCAAUCAAACCCUGAAAGUGCAUAUAAAACCUUAGCUGCUAUUUCAGGGUUAUCAAGAAUAGAAUCUUUAAGAAAAAUAUUAGAAUCAAAAAAAGCGGAUUAUUCCAUUUUUAAUGGAAUUAAAGUAUGGAUAGAAGCACCAAGAUUUAAUGAUCAAACUAAAUUAAUUAAAGCUGGAUUAAAAACCAUAAAAAUACUAAAAUUAAAUUCAUCUUCUACUAUACAUGAGGUAAUAGAAUCUAUAGUUGAUAUAAUGUGCAGCGCAAAUGUUAAAAGAAUUAUAGAAUCUGAAGAACCAGAUGAAAACAUUUUGAUAACAUCUGUGGUUUGUAUUAACGAUUUAACAAAAGUAAGCAAAAUAAGUAGUACUGAGAUUGUAGAAGCGAAUAUAGAUAGUAUACUUAAACUAAUGAAAAAAUACUCAGAAUCUCGUUUAACUCAAACGAAUUUACUCUCAGCUAUAAAUAAUAUACUUCUUAGUAGUGACAGAAUAGGUGCAGAUGUUUUAGUUAAUAAAGGAUAUAUAAAACAAAUUACCAAUUAUCUUCAAAAAGUGCCUAUGUAUGUUGAUGUGCAAAUAAUAGGAUUUACUGUUUUAGCAAAUUUAAUUAAAAUUAAUCCCGAAUCAAUUGAAGCUAUAAGAAAAGCAAAUGCUCUAAACCCUCUUCAGAUAGCCUUGAGAACACAUGUAAGAAACAAUAAAUUAAAAAUGACAUGUGCUCCUCUUUUGGCAUUAUUAAUGCCUUUAGAUUCAUUAUUCAAAGAAAUUGAAGAAUUAUUAAAGUUAUGUGAUAAUUCUAUGAAGGAAAAAAAUAUUGCAAAACUUCACGAAUGUUUAGUUUCCUUAAAUGAACUACUGUUGACACCUGAAGCAAGUAAAAUAUCUUCUCGAUGUAAUAUAGGAGAAUAUCUUUUUAAUAUUGAAAAAUGGCUAAAAGCUAAUCCUAAUGCUGCUGAUUCAAUAACUAAUAAAGAUUAUGACAUUAUAGGUAGAAGUUUAUACGAUGCUACUAUAUCAGAGAUAGGUCAUGCAUGUAUCAAUAUAUCACAAACAAGAAUUGGACUAGUUCAUCUUACUAAAAAUAAAAUGGCCUCUGCAUUAAUAGAAGCAUAUGAUCUAUUACAACUCCCUGGAAAUGAUUACACAGAAGAAGCUGUUUCUAAUAUAUUAGAAUCAUUAAGUUUACUACUGAAGCAUGAUAUAAUAAAUGCUGAUACUGCUUUUAAUUCUGGAUUGGUUAAAAAGUUGUGCGUAGGAAUAAAUUAUUUCGCAGAAUCUGAUGUUGUCAUAAAAAGUACUUGUGGAUGUUUAGCCUGCAUGUGCACAAAUGGAAAGAGAGUGAAUCAAUUAAUUAGUCACCCAGAAUAUGAAGAACUUAUUUCUUUAAUUGUAAAAUUAAUAGGUAACUUAGAAAAAAAUAAACAUUCUAGAGCAAACGCUAUAAAAGCUUUAUAUGAAUUAUUAAAAACUCAAAAAGAAGAAAUUAUAGUACAUUUAUCUAAUAAAACUCAUGUUAUUGAUAAUUUAUUUAAAAUUAUGGAAGAAUAUCAAGAUUAUCUUCCUAUUGUUCAAGAAAGUUCAAAAUGUUUGGCAAUUAUAGCAGAUUAUGUUACUCUAGAAGAAAAGAUGAAAAUAGAUAAACAUUCUGCAAUAAAAAUACUUAUAGAAAGUUUAAAUAAAAAUAAGAAUGAUGAAGAAACAGCAUUAGAAAUAUUGAGAGUUCUAGUUAAAUUGUGUAAUGCCAAUGACAAAAUGCAAUUAAAGGAAUUAGGUGCUAUUGAUGUAGUUUCUGAUGUUACUAUGAUCCAUAACGAUAACGAAGAAAUUUCAAAAUUGGGAGGUGUAUUGUUUUCAUAUAUGGGAGCUGAUGAGCAAGUGAAAAAAUUAAUGAAAUUAAUACUAAAUGUUAAAAGAGAUGAUCCUGACUCAGUACAGAAAAUAGAUAACCUGACUGGUAAAUUGGAAAUGUUUUUAAGAGCUCCUUUAGAAAACCCUCAAGAUGCUUUACAAUAUACUGAAGCUACAUUGCAAGUAUUAAAUGAAUAUUUAGCGUCUGAAGUAGAUAAUGUUUCAUUACAAGCUAAUAUAGCAUUAGUUACUAAAAGACUAGUAGAUCGUGUAAAGUAUGAUUAUGAAGAUCAGUUAGGUUCAUGGGUUGUAGCUUCAGCUGGAACUUUGAAUCAAUAUAUGGAUAUGAUUUCCAAUAAAAUUGGAUUAUCAAAUGCUAAAUUUGUAUCUCCAGUAUAUAGCGUUUUAGCUGGAUGUGUUUUGAAUCCAUACACGAAACAACUAGUAUUGGAUAAAUUGCCACAACUAUUAGGUAAUACAUAUGAAACAUUGGAACAACAUAAAAAUAAACCAGAAGUUGUGCAAGGAAUAUUCGAAUUUUUAGAGCAAAUAGCAAAGGAUGAAGAAGGUGCUAAACUACUGUACAAGCAAUGGAAUGGUUCUAUGGGAAAUCUUAUAGACCAGGUUCUGGUAAUCAUGAAUUCAAAUAGAGCAAGUGAUUCUGUUUGUAUACCUGGUAUGAAAUUAUUAGGAUCUAUUUCAGAAACAGCAAAUAUAUCUGGAUAUGCAAAUGAUAUGAAUGUUGAACGUAUAAUACAAAAUUGUGAGUUAUUAUUAAAUUCAGGUUCAAAUAAAGACAGAACAUUAGAAUUUAUUAAUUUGAUUGAUAAAAUGGUCUUGGCUAAUUUAUUAGAUGAAAAAGUAGCCACUGAUGUAUUAAAAAAAAUUGGUGAUUUAGUGACUGAGGAAAGUUUGUCUAGAUAUCCAGAGCAGGAUAGAAUAGAAAUUAUGAAAGCGUAUGCUGCAUUGAUAAGAGAUUGCGCUGCUACUGGGAUAUUUAUGCAUAUUUUACCAGUAGAAAAAGUUAAUGCAGUAAAAAAUUUAGGAAAAUUAAUAGAAUAUGCACAAAACCCAGAAGUAACUGCAGCUGCUAUGGAAGCAUUAGGUAUAAUAGCAUCUUACGAUGCAUCUAUGGCUUCAAAAAUUUUAAGUUCUGCAUUGCCAAUUGUAAUAGAAAGCAGUAAAGAUAAUAUAUUAAAUUAUACAGAAACAGCAGAGGCAUUUUUACAAGCAUUGGAAAAUUUGUUAUUAAAUGAAGGAAUAGGACGUCAACUUGCUAAUAAUAAAGAAUUGUAUAAAAUAUUAGAGGAAUUAGAAAAUAUGCUUGAAAAGAGAAGAGGUGAAUUAGGUGAUGAUUAUGUUAAUAAUAUGAAAACUAGAAUUAAUAAUAUUCGUGGUGCAAUAAAUGAUGAUAAGCCUAAAGAAAAAACUUGUAAAGAUGUAUAUGAUUUAUUAUCAGAAUAUACAACAAACGGGACACCUAUUAAUGUUUUACAAGAUCCUUCCUUAGAGGAAGAAAUGAAUUUUGUGUUGGAUCGAUUAAAGAUAUAUAAUAAGGAUAAUUUAAUACACACAACGGAAGCAGGAAGUGAUCAUUCUUAUGGUAAUAUGGCCAUAGAAUUAUUUUGUGCUGAUGGAGAUAAUGUUUCUGAGCUAGCAAAAAAAGGAUUUCACACCACUGCUUUUCAUGUAUUGGCAAAACAAAGUAAUGAAAAUAUAAAACAUUAUUCAUGUCGUGCUUUAUGUGCUUUCACUAAGAAUAUAAAAGGCAUGGAAGUAGUAAAAGAAAUAAAAGAUUAUCCUAAUAUCGUCAGUAAAUCUGUAGGUGACUUAAGCAAGGAAAAGACAUUAGAUAAAGAAAAUAAAGAAGAGUUUCUUAAAAAUCGUGUUUUGCUGAUAGACAGAACAGCUUACAAUAGAAACGUAUAUGAUAAGACAAAUGCUGUUCAUAAUUUAAUAGAAAUAUGGAAUGACUAUGAUAAUGGCCAUUAUACUGUUUUACUCUUACGACAUGUUUUCCGUUCCAUGAGAAAAAUUGUAUCAGAUGCACAUGUUCAGACGUUGUUAAAAGCGGGUGUUUUAACUCGCUUAAUUAAUAUUAUAAAUAAUAUAGAAACAGAUAAAAUUAUAUAUCCAGAUGUUUUAUUUUUAAUUGGUAGUUUAUCUGUAGUAAGAGAAAUAAAGACUCAAAUUGGAGAAUUAAAAGGAAUAGAUGCAUGUGUGAACUUAUUAACGAGAUCGUUAAAUGUAGAAAAAAUGGAACCAACGAUAACAAACUGUUGUUUAGCGUUAGCAAACAUGUGUAUUGAUCACAAAGCAAACUGUUCUAUUUUUAGUAAUUUAAAAGGACCAGACUUGAAUGUUAGAGUUUUGAAAGAAUAUAGAGAUAACUUUGAUGUAACCAAUGGUGCAUCUGUCUUGCUUUGUAAUGUUUUGUUUAAAAAUGAAGAAAUGAAGAAGUAUUAUGGUGGUAAUGGUUCUCCCGCAGAGUUAGUACAAUGUUUAAAAAGUUAUGAUGGUAGUGAUGAUAAAAAUGCAGUGAGAUGCAUUGAAAGUUUAUUUAAGGCUAUUUCCAAUCUGUCUUUAUACACUUCAAAUGUUCAAUAUUUCUUAGAUGCAAAAAUUGAAGUUUCUUAUGAAUCCUGGUUGAAUAAAUUAAAUGAAUCGUUUCCUGAUGCUCAAUUAGAGACAGGUUUACGAACGUUAUCCAAUUUAGUUAUGGAAAAUGAAGAAAGAAAUAUGAAAAAUUUUGGAGUUACAUUAAUACCUGUAUUAAAUGUAUUAAAGCAAAAUAGAGAAGAUACAAAAGUAAUAUUUUUGUUACUAGAUAUUUUAUGCUCCCUAUGUAGACUAAAUGAAAAUGCUAAAAUGUUUGCUGAUAAUGGAGGAAUAGAAACAACGAUUAAUGUUAUACAAUCAUAUGAUUACGAUAUUAAUCUGUUAGCCUUAGCAAUUCAUUUAUUAAGUAAUCAAUGCAAAAUUGAAUCAAGUUUACCUUUGCUAGUAAAAGCAAAUGCAUUUGGAAUUUUAAUAAGCUGCAUGGAAGCCGAUAUUGAAGAAUUUGAAAUGACUGAAUUAGUUGUUGCUUCAUUAAGGUGUGUUAGGCGUUUAAUUCAAUCAGAAGAAUUGGCUUACGAGUUUUGUAACGCUGGUGGUGUUUCAUCAGUGGCAAAUGUCAUUUGUAAAUCAGUUAAUCAGUCAAUUGUAAUGUUAGAAGUAUUGCGUGUUUUAUUAUGUGUAUUAUAUUAUACACAAAAUGUGGAAGGAGUAGUAAAUGAAUAUCCUGAAGAAGAAGAAGAAUUGCACAAUGCAAGAUUAGGAGGCUGGUAUAAUAUUAGUAUGGACAAAGAAAUGAUUGAUACAAUAAUACAAUCUGUAUUAACUUGUGCAAAUGAAGAACAGCACCAAAAACAGCUAAGACUACAAAAGGUAUCUCUUGGUUUAUUGGCCUAUUUUGCAUAUCAUCGAUUAGGGAUUAUUUCAAUGACAGCAUCAGGUUUUGACGUCAUGGCAAAGGAUAUUUUAAAUAAUUUUGCAGGAGAUACAAUAAUAAUGCAACUAUUGGCUAUAUGUAUAGAUAAUAUUGCCAUGUAUUCAGGAGAAGUGUAUGAUACAACUAUUACUAGAGAUAUUAUAAAAGGAUUUAAGAGUGGAUUAUCAAAAAUGAGCAAUAAGAAAGAGGAUAAGCAAAUAUACCAGAAGGUUCAGCUAACAUUAAAUGCAAUGAAUUCAACAGAAGAUCCACUAGAUGCAUUUAAAGACACAUUGUUAAUUUUUGAUUUUAGUUUGUCAGAAUUUGACAUAGAUCCUUAUGUAAAUGGAGUCCACGAUUUACCAUCUAAUAUAAAAGAUACAUUAAGAAAAGGAGGUUCUUGCAAAAUAUUUUAUAACAGUGAUCAAAGACAAACAUUUAAAUGGAAAGCUAGCCAAGAUUUAAGUACUUUUGAAUGGACUGUUGGAGAUAACUUGGAAAAUAUAUUUAAAGUAUCCAUUGUUCGUAUAAAAAAUAUAUCUAAAGGAUUGUCUCAUCCAACAUUAAAAGCAUGUAAUAAAAGAGAACCUAGAAAAGUGACUGCAAAAGUAACUUUAUGUAUUUUUGGUCCACCAACUGAAGAGUUCCCAAAUGGAUUGGAAAUGCCAAUUAAAACAAAAACACAAAAAGAAAGAGAUGCUUUUGUUGAUUUAAUUGUGUUAUGGCGUGAUGCAGCCAGCUAUAAUUAUUAA